CAUUAAACUUUCAGAAUGAGGAAGAAAUAAAUAUUAGCGAUUUCAAGCUACGCCUGCUUGACGAUCACGGAAAUACUUCGCUAGUUAUUGAAAUCUAUUGCUCGUCGACACGGACGGUGGGAGCGACGUGUAACAGUAAGUGAAAAUGGCUGAAAGGAAAACGACCGUUCCGAGCACCAACGCCAAUCUGCUGUUUUCCACAGCCCCAGAGUUUCACUUCAAUCUGCCCUUUAUUCCUGUCAGUCAAGCAACUGGGCCGGCAGUUUUAUCUGGAGAUGAUGGAAGUGAAGUUGGAGAAGAAGACAGCUUUCUUGGUCAGACCUCGUCAACUGCUCCUCAGCCCGCAACAUUCAGCUACUUUUCUAGCUCUACAAACAAUAGUGACCCAUUCGCUUCAAUAGGGCAUCAGCAAGGCUUGCCUCCCACACCAGCAGUUGUUUCAUCAACAGGUCCUUCCCUGGUGUCCAGUGCUGCAAGCUUACCCCCAAACCCUCCAAUUUCCCAAGUGAAUUCUACUCAACAAUAUGGCAAUGCAGUUUACCAGAACCCCAUGGGCGCGCACACUCCUCCACCUAAUGUGGCAAUGCCGCCACCACCCCAAGCCACCCAGCAGUCCUAUAAUCCAUAUCGUCACACAGCCACAAGUAGCAAAGCAAGCCCUUACCUUAUGGCUCCUGAGCUACAGCAGCAACCUCCUAGUCAGUCCCCACAGCACUUCAACGCUUACUCUCAGGCCCCUCCAGCUCCCACAUUCCAAACAACCCCUCCAACAUUCGCUAAGCCUCCUCCUACACAGACUCCGCCACCCCCUGUGGGACCUAGCAUGGCUGGACCUGUGGUUCCAGCCAACCCUAUGAUGCAAUACUCUUUUAAUGUCUAUGAGCCUGUCCAGCCUCACUGGUUCUACUGCAAACAAGUGGAGUCCAAGAAAGUUUGGCUACCCUUCAGCAUUUUGGAUUCCAUUCGACUGGAGGAGACUUUUAAUUCUGUUCAGCCAGAUCCAGAGAAUGUGAUCGUGUCUACGGAUGGUGGACGCUAUGAUGUGCAACUAUAUGACCGCACUCGGACUGCUGUGUACUGGGAGGAGGAACCAGCUGAGGUCAGACGAUGUACCUGGUUCUACAAAGGAGAUUCAGACAGCCGCUUUAUUCCCUAUUCAGAGGAGUUCUGUGAGAAACUGGAGGCCGAAUAUAAGAAAGCUGUGUCUACUAAUCAGUGGCACCGCCGACUGGAAUUUCCUUCAGGGGAAACAAUUGUCAUGCACAACCCUAAGGUGAUAGUACAGUUUCAGCCUUCAGCCAUGCCUGAUGAGUGGGGCACCACACAGGAUGGUCAGACGCGGCCCAGAGUGGUGAAGAGAGGUGUGGAUGAUGACCAUGAUGAAGUCCCUGAUGGCGAGAUGCCACAAGUAGAUCAUCUGGUGUUCAUGGUGCAUGGCAUUGGCCCAGUGUGUGAUCUGCGUUUCAGAAGCAUGGUGGAAUGUGUGGAUGACUUCCGCAGUGUAUCCCUCAAGUUGCUGCGCAGUCAUUUUAAGGAGGCUCAAGAUGAGCAUAUUAUUAGCCGUGUGGAGUUUUUGCCUGUACAUUGGCACACAGCCCUGCACGGAGAUGCUACAGGUGUGGACAGGCGGAUAAAGAAAAUAACGCUGCCCAGCACAGGUCGGCUGCGACACUUUACCAAUGAAACCCUCUUAGAUGUGCUGUUCUACAACAGCCCAACCUAUUGCCAGACCAUCAUGGACACAGUGGCUUUUGAGAUUAAUCGGCUGUAUGCACUGUUCAUGCAGAGAAACCCAGACUUCAAAGGUCGUGUGUCAGUGUCUGGACACAGCUUAGGCUCUUUGAUACUUUUUGACUUGCUCUCUAAUCAGAAGACUGGCUCUCCUUCUUCUGAGUCAACUCCAAAUGGAAAUGCUCAACCUGAAGUGAAAGAGGCUAGUCCUCCUGUCUCCCAGGCCAUUGAGGCCUUUAGCCCAACUGCAACAGAGGAGGGGAAUGAGGAGGAGACUGCUGACCUAUCAUCCGUUCUGGAGCCCCUAGGCUUGUUGGAGUACCUCAGCACUUUUGAACAAGAGAAGAUUGAUGUUGAGUCACUCCUUAUGUGCACAGUGGAUGAUUUGAAGGAAAUGGGCAUUCCUUUGGGGCCACGCAAGAAGCUUUCCAAGUUUGUCAAAGAGAAGGCAGCAAAACAGGCUGCACAACAGGCUGCACCAGAGAAAACUGUGGCCAAAGAGGAAAUUAAAGAAACCUCGGCUCCUCAACAAGCUACAUCAGUCACAGAUGUUGCCAACAUCAAAGUUCCAGUUGGCAAGACUAUGUCCUCCAUUCAUGUGGAUUACAAUUGCUUUGAAAUUGGCACGGGGCAGGUGUCUGUGGUAUAUCAUGCUCUGGAUUUUGAGCCUGUGAAUUUCUUUGCUCUCGGCUCUCCCAUUGGCAUGUUUCUGACAGUGCGAGGUGUGGAGAAGAUAGAGGAUAACUACCGCUUUCCCACCUGCAAGGGCUUCUUUAACAUUUACCAUCCAUUGGAUCCAGUGGCAUACAGGAUUGAGCCUAUGAUCUUGCCAGAUAUAGAAUUGGAUCCCGUUUUGAUUCCGCAUCAUAAAGGGAGGAAAAGACUUCAUCUUGAGUUGAAGGAGAGUCUCUCUAGGAUGGGCUCUGACCUGAAGCAAGGUUUCAUUAGCUCACUCAAGAGUGCCUGGCAGACGCUGAAUGACUUUGCUCGUGCUCACACCUCUUCCAUUCAGCUGCAUGAACAACUGGCCAUGGUGGCCAGUCAGAUCAAAGAGGAAGAGGAGAAGCAAAAGGAUGAAGCUGCCAGUAAGCUAGUAGUGGAUACUCCUGAACCCCUGAAAGAGGAGGAGACCCAGGUGAAAGUGGGCAUGCUCAAUGGAGGGAAUCGCAUUGACUAUGUCCUACAAGAGAAGCCCAUUGAGAGUUUCAAUGAAUACCUCUUUGCUCUCCAGAGCCACCUGUGUUAUUGGGAAUCUGAAGACACAGCAUUGCUCAUUCUUAAAGAGAUUUAUAGGAGUAUGGACAUACGUCCAGAGCAGACAGUGCACUAACAUCAUGGAUCACCAGAAAUCAAUGCAUAUUCAUGAAAAUUCAGCUGGUUUUGAAUACUCCAGAAGGGCCCAUCUUCACAGUUGAAUAACAUUUUUUUUUUCUCUUUGAUUUUUCUAUUCUUGUAGUUUCCUGUACAAAUAUGAAUACAAAAGUAUUAUUCAGUAUGUCUUAAAUUAAGAAAUUAAAAAUUAAAUAGUGGAUUUAAAUAUUACCUUACAUCUGCAUCUUUAUAGUGCUGUGAAAGCUUGAUUACAGUUGAUUCACAAACCAUAGCAUUAACCAAAACAUUGCUUUUGGUUAAGAAUACAAAUCUGUCCAUUAUAUUUAACUAACAGCAACAGCAAAGCCACAUAAUAAACUGAUUUAGAACCAUG